ACGGGGCGUGCGCAUGGCGUCAGGCGCCUACGCUACGCGCGCACGUGUGCGUGUCACGCGUGUCAGGGCACCUCACGGCGGCCAGCGAGCCCGUGUGGCUCACGCAGGCUCGUGACGUCAGGCGGCCGCUGUGUCGGGGAAGAGGCGAAGGGUGGCGCGCGCGGGCGAACGGGCGGGUGCGUGUAAGGACCAGAGAUUUAUCAGGAUGAAUGCAGAUACGGUGACAAGGACUCUCCAAGCACGGAAACUCCCUGAGUGGAUGUCUGCACCGCGGGAGGGAUGCGAUGCCGAUACAAGAAAGAGGAGUGUUCUGGAAGGUGGCCUUCCCCUGCUGGAAUUCCCUGGCUGUAUCAUUUACAGCUACGAGGCGAGCGAUUGUUCCUUCCUGGCGGAAGAUAUCAGAGUGAGCUUGUCUGAUGGCGCAGUGGUUGGAUUUGACAUUGAAUGGCCUCCACCCUUCUGGAAGGGCAGGUCAGGCAGGGUCGCCCUCGUUCAGUUAUGUGUAUCUGAGAGCAAAUGCUAUUUAUUUCACGUGGCUUCUAUGUCAGUUUUCCCCCAGGGAUUAAAGAUGUUAUUGGAGAAUGAAGCUAUUAAAAAGGCUGGCGUGGGAAUGGCAGACCAGUGGAAACUUCUCCGAGACUUUGACAUCCACCUGAAGGGCUUUGUGGAGCUGGCCAGCAUGGCCAAUGAGAAGCUCAGGUGUAAAGAGACUUGGAGCUUGGACGGCCUGGUGAAGCACCUCUUCAGUAAGCAGCUUGUGAAGGAGCAGUCUGUCCGCUGCAGUCGCUGGGAGGACUUCCCACUCACCGAGGAACAGAAGCAGUACGCCGCCAUCGACGCCUACGCUAGUCUCAUAGUUCACCAAAAAUUGGAAACCUUGAGUGGAGCUGAGCAGACGCUGCUGACACAAACCGAGGGGGACCGAUGUCCUGAGGAGGUGAAGAAGCAGCUGCUGUCGCUCUCUGAAGAGAUGAUGGAUCUAAGCAAGCAUCUUUCCCAUCCUUGGAGACCCUGCGGCGAGCCACAGAGAGUUACCGAGUUACUGAAGAGCCUUUCAGAAGACCUGGGGGCAUUGAGGACUGCACUGCUUGGGGCUCCCACCUUGGAGAGACCCCUCACGGACCCCCCGUCGGACGAUGGCCCUGCAUCUGAGGAGGAGCCGGGAAGAUUUGGAGAUGGGCCACAGGCCGUAUCAGAACAUGGCGGGCAGGACGCAAAUGGUAGUGACUUCAUUGAAUGUGGAGGAGGAACUAGGAUGGACGAUGCAGCGGACCUGACCACGGGUGGGUCUGAAGGUGGAAGAGAGGAUCAGAGACCCCAAGAAACCGGGGAAAGGGUUUGCUUGAUGUCGCUGGAUGUGACUGAGUAUGAGCUUCAGAUGAUGGAGCAGCAGGCGCGGGAAGAAGCGAGUGAAGCCACGCACGUGUCUGACCAGGACCUAAUUUCCGUGAUGGAUGCUCAUGAUCUUUCUUAUGUCAUUGAAAGUGAUGAAGAUCUGGAAAUGCAGAUGCUUAAAUCAUUAGAAGACUUGGACUGUGACAAGUUGAAGCAGAAUGUGCCAGAAACAGAAGGCAAGGCUGGGGUUGCUGCCGAUGAGGGGGACGAGGAAGCUAUUGAAGAAGAGGAAGAUGAAUGGGACCCUUCGCUACCGACACCUACUGCAGAGCAAAUCGUUUGCCUAAAGACCUACUUUGGCCAUUCCAACUUUAAACCGAUGCAGUGGAAAGUGAUCCAUUCUGUUUUAGAAGAAAGAAGAGAUAAUCUCGUAGUUAUGGCGACUGGGUACGGCAAGAGUUUGUGCUUCCAGUUCCCUCCCGUGUUUGUCGGCGGAAUCGGCAUCGUUGUCUCUCCUCUGAUAUCUCUGAUGGAAGACCAGGUGCUUCAGCUCAAAAUGUCCAAUGUUAAAGCCUGUUUCCUUGGAUCCGCUCAGUCAGAGAAUAUCAUCAGUCGUGUUAAAGCGGGAGAGUACAGGGUUGUGUACAUCACCCCAGAAUUCUGCCUGGCCAGCUUGGACCUGCUGAUGCGGCUCAACGCUGACCUGGGGAUCACUUUGAUUGCUGUGGAUGAGGCCCACUGCGUGUCGGAGUGGGGGCAUGACUUCAGAAAUUCGUUCCGAAGCUUGGGUUCCUUGAAGACCGCCCUGCCGAUGGUGCCUGUGCUGGCGCUGACGGCAACAGCGAGCUCCUCCAUCCGAGCAGACAUCGUGUAUUGCCUCAACCUGCGCAACCCUCAGGUCACCUGCACCAGCUUUGACCGGCCCAACCUCUACCUGGAGGUCGGGCGGAAGACGGGCAAUAUCCUUCAAGAUCUGGACAGGUUUCUUGUGAAAAAGACAGAAUCAUCCCGGGAAUUUGAAGGCCCCACUAUCAUCUAUUGCCCUACCAGAAAGAUCUCUGAACAAGUGACUGCAGAGCUGCGGAAGCUGAACUUGGCCUGUGGGACAUACCACGCAGGCAUGGGGAUUAAGUCGAGGCGAGAGAUCCAUCACCAAUUCAUGCAUGAUGAAAUCCAGUGUGUUGUAGCAACAGUCGCCUUUGGCAUGGGGAUUAACAAAGCCGACAUCCGUAAAGUCAUCCACUAUGGUGCUCCCAAGGAAAUGGAGUCUUACUACCAGGAGAUGGGCAGGGCUGGCCGCGAUGGCCUGCCCAGUUCUUGCCAUGUGCUCUGGGCCCCUGCGGACAUCAGCUUCAACAGGCACCUCGUUAGUGACAUCCAGAAUGCCGACUUUCGACAGUACAAACUGAAGAUGAUGAGACAAUUAGAGAGGUAUCUUCAGUCCAGCAAAUGCCGGCGGAAAAUCAUCUUGUCUCAUUUUGAAGACAGACAGCUCCGAAAGGCCUCCUUGGGCAUCAUGGGAACGGAGCAGUGCUGUGACAACUGUCAGGCCAGACUGAAGGACCCUCACUCCAGCGUUGACUCCGAGGAGCAUUGGCAGGACCUGGGGCCGCAGGCUUACAAGCUGCUGUGUGCUGUGCGCGACUUGGGAGAGAAGUUUGGAAUCGGGGUCCCCGUUUUAUUUCUUCGAGGCUCGAAUUCUCAACGUCUUCCUGAUAAAUUCCGCCAGCAUCGUCUCUUUGGUGGUGGCAAGGACCAUUUGGAGAGCUGGUGGAAGGCUUUGGCUCGGCAUCUUAUUUCAGAGGGUUUUUUGGAAGAAAAGGCAGGGUCCAAGAAGUUUGCCAAAUUGUGUGUCCUUACAAAGGAGGGUAGAUCCUGGCUGGACAAAGCCGUUGAUGAAUCAGCCCGAACACUCCUCCUUCACGCCAGUGAAGACCUAUGUCCGAGGAAAUUACUAAAACUAAGUGUUUGGCCAACGUCGCCAGCAAAGCCUCUUCCUCUUCCGCUUCCUGGGUCCCUUGACUCCCCAGCAUCGGUGUCAUCCAAAGAGGAGGAGUGUCAGACUGCAUUGUAUUGCAAAUUGAUGGAAGCAAGGCAGAAGCAGGCCAGUGAAAAGGACAUCCCUCCAGCUUUACUGGCUACCAACAAGGUGCUGGUGGACAUGGCCAAGAUGAGGCCGAGUACCUUGGAAAGUCUGAAAAACAUUGAAGGCGUUUCUGAGGCCAAGUGCGUGCUGCUCGCCCCUCUUCUGGAAGUCAUCCGAGCCUUCAGCCAGACAAACGAGCUUCUGACAGACUUGUCAUCCAGCCCUUCGCCUGGAUCGGAGGAGGACAGCCUCGCAAAGAAACAGGAGCGCAUACCACUCGCCAAGUCGGUCUCCAUCACUUACUCUUUGUUCCAGGAAAAGAACAUGUCUUUGGAGAGCAUCGCCGAGAGCAGGACGAUGCCUCUCCCCGUGGUCGGCAGUCACUUAUCCCAGGUGGUGAAGGCAGGAUACCCUCUGGACCUCGAGCGUGCAGGCCUGACCCCGCACGUCCGGAAGAUGAUCACCGAUGUGAUCCGGAAACCUCCCAUCAACUCAGAUAUUUCCAAGAUGAAGGACAUCAGGACACUGGUUCCUUCCAAAGUCGAAACCUACCUCAUCCAGAUAGCAGUGGCGCUGAUGGAAAAGGAGAGGACGCUGGAAGCCCCCCUCCCUGACCCAUCCCCAAAGGAGUCCAGCAUGGGCAGCGUUGUGCCUGGCACUUCGGAGCCCUGCUCGGGUGCCAGCAAGUCCGUGCCAGAGGCCUCCAAGAGGAAGUUUCCACACUGGUUCUCUUCGGCCCAGAGGAGCGGGCCUCCAGCAGGCACCUCCAAGAAAGCCAAGGCGGGAGCCAGGAAGGGGCUCUUCACUUGAGAUGGGGUGCUCCCGUCUCACUUGGACGUUUGUUACUGUUCUAUGAAGAAGAGGUUUUUAGGGGGAUUUCCCAAGGCCUUUGUUUACGCCAUGGCCUCUGAUCUGCUGAGACGUGGAGGGCAGCUCUUGUUUUCCUUGUAAGUGGGGCCAGGCCCUCGCCCACCAGAAAGCCUGCCCCGCUGGCCUGUUGCCCCAGAGUCUGAAAGCUUCUGUCUGCAGGGGCGGGAUGCGGGCACUUUCUUUGGCACCUGCUGGUGGCGCUGCAGUGACAAAGAGUUUUUCAUUUUUAAAGGAAAGGCCUUUUUCUGUGGUCCCUCGGGCCCACCAUUGUGAUUUCCUCAUUUUCUGUGAGGCUGCCCACCUCGGUGCUGCUGCCUUCAGUGCCGGAUGCACUGUCCAGCCACUGCUUCUUGUGGUCACUCUGUCUCUUCCAUAGUGGGGUGCUUUGUACUUGGCCCGUCUAGUAGUUUUUCGUAAAAUAAACGUCUGCUUGUUCCAAAUGUUCCAUUGUUUCUACCCAGCUGGGGUGAGGUGUGUGGGGUGGCGGACUUGUGUGGCUUCUGUCUUGACCUCCCAGACCCUCCCUGCGGCCUCCUGGUCCAGUCUGCCUUGGCGCGCCCCCCCCCCCCGCAAUCCAUCUACUGGGUCAGAGUCCUCUGGAGUGGAGAAGUUUGAGGUAGCCGAUCUGCAUUCACCCAUUUCUCUGAGCCUCAGUUUCCCUGUCUAAAGAAUGGUGAUGAUGGCAGUGCUGUUAAUGAUUCCUGUUGACCUGAAGCUGCAGCCUGAGGAGGGAGACGUCACUAACUCUGUCAUGAUAAUGUAUACGUUCUCUCUAGAAAGGCUUCAGAGUUAGGCCAGAGAAGAUCUCCAGGUUUUUGUUGGGUUUUUUUUUACCUUUUUUUUUUUUAACCAUUUACGAACGCUUCCCUCUCAACAGCCUGAAGGGGAGGGGAGUGGGAGAGGGGAUUCUUUCUGAGGGUUUGGUGAGAUAGCACUGUGAACCUUCUGGCCUGAUCUGCUGCAGGCUGGAUUCUCUUGUUACUGUCAUCUCCAUUUUGCCUUGUGCUCCAGGCACCUGGGGGCCUCUGUCCUGCCCUUUCUCCCUUGGCUUCUUCUUAGGGCCUGACUCAACAGCCUUCCAUCCUUUCCUCAGUGCUUCUUCUACCUUCCUCCAGAGUUUUCUCUCCUUAAUUAACUCCUCUUUUCUUGAGAAAUCAAUUCUGUCUUAAAAGACAAGGCAUCCUCAGUUUCCUCAUCUGCAAAAUGAGGCCUUUGGAUGAGAUGGUCUCUAAAGGUCGUUCCCCAUGUACAUUCCUGUGAUUCGAUGUGGUUGUGAUCUAGGGAUCCAUGAAGCGGCAUCCUGAUGUGGGGAAGGCUGUUUGUGCUGGCACUAAAGCAAACCUGCUAUAGUCUGGGAAACCAGAUAAUGGAACUUGUUAGAAGCUUUGGGAAGGAAAACAGAAAGGAAAAAAGAACGUGCACAAUAACCGUGUUGCAUAUUUGGAAGGAGUAACACGUGUAUGGUAGAUUUGCAGUUUCAUGUGCAAUCAUUGUUUUUAUUGUGCAGUGUUAUGGAAAUGCUUGCUUUAUUCCA